UGGAGAUGGAAAGAUAAAGAACUGGAUAUAAGAGCCGGUCCUUGGCAGCUCAGAACAAACCUGAAGAUUCAGACUGAAACUGAAGAUCGUUCUGCUGCAGGUGAGAAUCAUCAUGACUCUGACUCUGCUUCUUGUUGCCAUGGUGGUUCUGACCGGAGCUGCUGAUGUUGCAAAACAGACAGAAGCUGAAGAUAAUGGCUGUGUCAACAGAGUUGUUUGUCCUAAUGGAUGGACUCUGUACAAUUGCCGCUGUUUUCGUUUUGUUCAAAAACCUUUGACCUGGUCCGAAGCUGAGGAAAACUGUCAGUCCAUGAAGGCGCACCUUGCAUCUAUACAUAGUGCUGAGGAGUACCAACAAAUCCAGAAGAUGAUAGCAGAUCAGACCCCAGUUUAUCCUACAGCAUGGCUCGGAGGCACUGACAGUGUACAGGAGGGGGAAUGGCUUUGGGCUGAUGGCUCAUGUUUCUUGUUUUCAUACUGGUGCCAAGGAGAACCGAACAACCAUGGCAACCAGCAUUGUCUUGUAAUGAAUUACUCAGAAAAGAAAUGCUGGGAUGAUCAGAAGUGCGAUAACAAGAAACAAUCUGUCUGCGUCAUGAGCUGGUCAUCAUUCGACUGAUACAAAAACAUCAAGCAUCUACGCAAAAAGCAGCGUAUUGCAAAUUUAUUCUGUCUUUAUUUCUCUGUUAUUGCUGUAAUGCUGCAUGAAAUGUAAAUCAGAAUUGACAUAGUUGAAUGUCACUUAGGUCCUGUACCUUUAACUCUUAAAACUCCUUUUUUUUUUUUUUUGUUGUGUAGAAGCUGAACCCUUUUAAUCCCAGUCAACAUCUUGACAUGAUGUUUUCAGGACAGCCUCAGUUGUCAGAUCAUGAGGUUAAAAUGAUGCUAAAUGAAUGUCUUAAUAGAUAUAGCAGCAUAAAGGCCAGCCAUUAAAAACUAAAAACACAACAGAAUGUAUUACCAACAGAACUUGUAGAAAGAACACACACCAUCAUUCUUAAGACUUUACUUUGAGGAGAAAAAAUAUCAACAUUGAAACAAACACAGAGAAACAUGGAAAUAGAAAUAAUUAAACAAAAACUUUUCACAUAUUUACAGUUUUUCCUUCAGCUGUUUUUAUCUAUUUACAUUCAUUUGGACAAGACAAGCUAGUUUAUUAGUAUAACACAUUUUAUUUACAGGACAAUUCAAAGUGCUUUACAUAAAACAUUAAAAACAUUACAGAUGCUGCAAAAAAAAAAAAAAAAAAAAAAACAUUAAAAGAUGUUAUUUACUAUCCUCACAUUACCAUUUUUGUCACCACCGUGCAUCUUCUUAGUUUUAUAUCAGCCAUAGAGGUCCUUUAUUUGACUUUUAUUUUUGUUCUUUUUA